AUGGGUUCCUCCAUGAGCCACCACAGCAGCAACACGCCGUCGACGAAGUCCAUCCCGGCCGAUGCCCUCGCCGAGAUUCUCCUCCGCGUCCCACCUCACCCCACCUGCCUCGCCCGUGCCUCGCUCGCCGGCAAGGGCUUGCGGGGCGUCAUCACCAGCCCCGACUUCCUCCGGACCAAUUUCCUUCCCAUCGGCGGCUCGUCGAACCGCGUCUCCGCUGCGGCCUUUGACCCCAUGGAGCCCGGUUGGCGCGUCGUUGACAGCCGCCACGGUCGGGUCCUGCUGCGAAGCCCUGACCGGCUUCGCUUCCUGGUCUGGGAGCCCAUGGCUGGGCGCCGGAGGUACAUCGACGCUCCGCCGCCGCAUCACGUGGAGCACUAUAAGUUUAGCAACGCUGCGCUGAACGUCCUGUACUGGACGAUGGCUGGAGUCAUGGGGUCUCAGGAAGGUAUCCUGAGCUUCGAGCUGGAGGCGCAAAGGCUGUACCUUAUCGGGCAGCCGGCUUACAUUUUCGAUCCCGAGCGCGAACACGUGCAGGUGAUGAAGGUGGAGGACGGCAAGCUUGGACUGGUCGCCGCCUGUGGCUUAUCCCUCCAGCUGUGGGGGCUCGUUGAGUACAAUGGCGAGGGCAGGGAGCGGUGGUUGCUGGACCGGGAGACAUACUUGGAUGCUGACAUGGCUCCCCCGGAGCCGAUUUUCGAAGACUACUACGUGAUCUGGAUUUUGGGUGUGGAAGGUAGCAUUGUUUUCUUGCGCACCGAGGCUGGGAUCUUUGAGGUGGACCUGCAGACCGAGGAGUUCAAGAGGCUGUGGGAUGGGAACGUGAUCAAAACAUUGUAUCCCUACAGAAGCUUUUAUCGUCAAGGUUCUACCAUCUAG